UCACAUACACUUGAUACAUGUCUAUUUGAAUUUUGAACCAGCUGGAUGGUCAUUGGUCAUUGGUCAUUGAGAGGUUGGUCCUUUGAUUCUCAUAUAUAUCAAUCGCCCUCAGCUAAAAUAGGUUGCCCUGCCCGGCCCGUGUUUCAACGUCAUGGCUUCUGGGUUGAGCUGUAUGAAGUUUAUAUAUCGACCGGCGGAAUUGGUGGUAUUUCCACUAGGUGUGUGAUUAUCGGUUCGACGACGGUGACCAAUGGGCCGGCGACACUUGUCCUGUAAGAUGAUUGUAAGUAACUGCGUGACGUGAGACAUGGCGCAACUAUUUUUUUCGUCUCUUCUUUUCUUUUCUUUUCAGUGAAUGCUCUUGUAUAUAUAUUGUGUUGUGGCCUUGUGGGUAGACUAAAGAGAUGAUGGCCGGCCGUCGUCCCAAAUUCCAGUUCCCAGCUCCCACGGUCCAAAACUAAGAAAAUCAAAAGGAUAAAUAAGCAGGUCUCUGCCGGAAACGAAGACAGGAGGAGGAGGAAAAGAAUGGAGUGGAUGGAGAUACUUACUGGGUUGGCCCUGGCUCUGUUGGCCAGUGUGUGUGUUUACACGCACAGUGUUCUGUGGUUGAGACCACAAAGGCUUCGAGAAAAGCUGAGGAAGCAAGGAAUCCAAGGUCCAAGACCUUCUAUUCUCACUGGAAAUGUGUGGGAAAUCAAGACCAUCCAAUCGAAAGCAGCGGUGUCUUCAACAGAACGUCACGGACGUCUCACCGAUGACUACGCGGCUCUCCUCUACCCUUACCUGGAAUUCUGGAGGAAGCAAUAUGGUCCAAUAUUUACGUACGCAACGGGGACAGUGCAACAUCUGUACAUAAGUGAGCCCCAUCUGGUGAAGGAAAUAAGCCUAUGUAGAUCUUGGGACUUGGGCAAGCCUGUAUACCUAGUCAAGCAGUUUUGGCCCUUGCUUGGACUUGGCAUUACCAGGUCCAACGGGCAGCUUUGGGCCCACCAGAGGAAAAUAAUUGCACCCGAGUUCUUCAUGGACAAAGUCAAGGGAAUGGUGGGACUGAUGAUAGAAUCUGCCCUGCCACUGUUGAAAUCAUGGGAGGAUCGAGUUGAAGGGGAUGGAGGAAUUGCAGACAUUAGAAUAGAUGAGGAUUUAAGAAACUUAUCGGCAGAUGUAAUCUCAAAAGCUUGUUUUGGGAGUUCUUAUUGCUACGGCAAAGAGAUAUUUUCACUAAUUUGGGCACUUGAAAGGACUGUUUCAUUUGCAGGAGUACUUAAUAAAAUUCCUGCUUUUAGAUGCCUUCCAACCAAAAACACUAGGGAGGCUUGGAGAUUAGAGGAGGAGAUCAAAGAGUUGAUUCUGAAGGUGGCAACAAAACGAAAAGAAGAAAGUAAUUAUGUAACAUCAUGUGAGACUGAAAAGGACCUAUUACAAAUGAUACUUGAGGCUGCCUGUGCUGAUCAGCUUGACCAAGAAACAGCUAAUCGCUUCGUUGUAGACAACUGUAAGAACAUAUAUCUUGCUGGCCAUGAGACCGUUGCUUCAGUUGCCACAUGGACCUUGAUGCUACUGGCUUCACAUCCCGAAUGGCAGUCACGUGCUCGCACCGAGGUCUUUGAUGUGUCCGGCGGUGGGUUGCCAGAUGCUGACUUGCUUUUCAAGAUGAAAACGUUGACAAUGGUGAUUCAAGAGACCCUUCGGCUGUUUCCUCCAACAUCGUUUGUUUCGAGAGAGGCAUUUGAAGAGAUGCAGUUGGGUGGUUUUCGCAUCCCGAAAGGUGUAAACAUUUGGAUUCCCAUUCCUACAUUGCACCGCAUCCCUGAAAUUUGGGGGCCGGAUUCGGAUGAAUUCAAGCCAGAGAGGUUCGCCCACGGAAUAUUUGGUGCUUGCAAGCUUCCACAAGUAUUCAUUCCGUUUGGACUGGGGCCUCGCACAUGCUUGGGCCAGAAAUUUGCCAUGGCUGAGUUGAAGACUGUUCUUUCUCUACUGCUUUCUAAGUUUUCUUUCUCCCUCUCUCCUAAAUAUGUUCAUUCUCCCUCGUUUAAAAUGGUUUUGGAGCCCCAAUAUGGAAUGAAUCUCCUUGUAAGCAGAAGAUCUAAAGCAGGGCCUUAGAAGGUGAUUAUAUAGGCUCUUUUUCUUUUAUUCCCUUCUAAUAUUCAAUUUCAUUGUGGCA